AGACCAGUACAACGUUGGUUUAACGGCUGCUAAUGUUUUGGGAACAUCAGCAACCGUUUGACAACCGCCGGCAGCUCAAAGCGUAUUUUGUAGUGAUGCGACCACUUUCACAACAUCACACAACAUGAGCGUUGUGUUGUGUGUCUGGAAGUGAAGACGCGCCGACCAGCAGAAUCCACUUCAGCUGGUUCUCAAACCGGGGCCAUGCCAACCAAAGGCCGGGCGAUAUCGACAAAAUCAAAUGUCACGUUUUUGACUGACAGGCAUUAGUAAUGCGAUGACCAAACAGGUGGAGAUUUCUUUGGAGCAUGAAAUCUUAUUACAUCCACGGUAUUUUGGGCCAAACCUUCUCAACACGGUGAAGCAAAAACUUUUCACUGAAGUGGAGGGCACCUGCACUGGGAAGUAUGGUUUUGUCAUUGCGGUCACCACCAUCGACAACAUCGGGGCAGGUAUGAUUCAGCCUGGCCGAGGGUUUGUCUUGUAUCCAGUCAAGUACAAGGCCAUAGUGUUCCGUCCAUUUAAGGGGGAGGUUGUGGAUGCUGUUGUCACUCAGGUCAACAAGGUUGGACUGUUCACAGAAAUCGGCCCCAUGUCUUGUUUCAUCUCUCGUCAUUCCAUUCCCUCAGAAAUGGAGUUUGACCCUAACUCCAAUCCUCCUUGUUACAAGACGGUAGAUGAGGACAUCGUAAUCCAGCAAGAUGAUGAGAUCCGGCUUAAGAUUGUGGGCACAAGAGUGGACAAAAAUGACAUUUUUGCCAUUGGAUCGCUCAUGGAUGAUUAUCUGGGUCUCGUCAGCUGAUCUGCAGUUUUUUCCUGUCAAGACAUUUUAAAAUGCAAACGCUUGGUCAAGUCUGUAACAAUGAGUAUUUUUCUGUGCUUAUUGAUGGAGUAAGGGGAACAAAAGUUUUGAAACCUGUAACUACAAUAUACUUUUAUGUUGGCAUCAGAGGGAAAAAAAUCUCCAUGUAGUCAGAAAAAUUAAAGGUAAAUUGUUCUAAAACACACUGAAAAUACCCAUCAUAAUUUUUUUGACCACCUCAUUAGUAAAAAUUAAGGAUCCCAUCUAGACAGUGUUUUUGUACAGGACGUGGAC